ACUUUGAGAAGAUCUCCCCAGGCCUGUGCUGUGAGAUAAACUGAAGGCUGAAAAGACUUUACACUGUCCUGAGUCCUACAUCGUGAAAUUUCCACAACAGAUUUGGGGGCUCGUCUGGGAUCGGAUGAAUGGGGGCCGUUGACGCCAAGACGGACACGAGUCCAGAAGGACAACGAGGCGCUCGUUUGGAGUCCAGAACAACCAAUUGUGUCUGACCCAUCGUGAUUCCUGAGGUGGACGGUUCCCCGUCACUCCGACCGGACUCAGAUUUGGGGGCUCGUUCGGGAUCGGAUGAACGGGGGCCGUUGACACCAAGACGGACACGAGUCCAGAAGGACAACGAGACGCUCGUUUGGAGUCUAGAACAACCAAUUGUAUCUGACCCAUCGUGAUUCCUGAGGUGGACGGUUCCCCGUCACUCCGACCGGACUCAGGUAGGACCAAAAGGUGUUUGGACAGCUAUAUGUGUGGAUUGUGAUAUCUUACUACAAAGGAAAUAGACUAACCAGAAGGGUCAUUAAAUAAGGUGUUAAAACUGCAGACCUGAGGGUUCCGACCCCAGGGGACGUCCGGCUCAACCAGGAAGGGGUCGAGGGUAAUAAGUUGACCGGGAAAAGGUCAAAGGGCACAAGUCGACCAGGGAGGGUCAAUAGAUAGAUACAUUACAGUAAUAUAGGAGAAGCAUCUUCUUGUUCACUAUGUGAUGUCUAUAGUCUGGGUGAAACAUUUGACGUGUCACACUUUUAAGGAUUGGAGAAAGCAGGGAAAGGAAGGUUAAAAAAAUCCAUUGCAAAGGCAUAGAACUAAAGUUGAAACAAGAAUAACAGGUGCAUGUGGGUGGCAUACGUAAAUAUUUGUGUGUAAGAGAUUAACUUGCAACAAAGUAAAAGCUUAUAGUGUGUCUGUGUGUGAAAGGCUGGCUUGCAACGAAGUAAAGGCUUAAAGCGCCCUAACAAUUCAGCUGAAGCAUGCUGUGUGACAGGUGAAUAGAGAUGGGAAAUAAGGCAAGUAAAAGUGAAUGGGGACCGGAUCCAGCUUAUGAUCCGGAGGGAGAAAGAGCAUUUGAGAGAGAGAUGAAGAAGUAUGCGAGGAAACAAAUGCAAGGGAUAACGUGUAGAGAGGUGGUUGAAGGAAGAACAGGAAAGGAUUAUGGCAAAUUGUGUGCUGAAUGGAAUGUAAAGACAAAUGGAGAGUGGCCACGGGAUGGUAGCUUUGAUCCUGCCAAGCUGAGAACAGUGCGUAUGAAGGUGAAGGAAAAGGGAGGCUGCUGUGGUUGUUGUAAAAGCACAGAGAAACCGACUGAAUAUUUGGAUAUGUGGGAAAGAGUGGCCCAGGAUAUUGUGGGAGAAAAAGAUAGGCUGAAAAUGGAAGGAUUACUGCGAAAAGUGAGCGAGGAAAAGGCAAAGGCACAACAGGCAACCAGAAGUUUAGCGAUGUUAAGGAAAGAGAAAGAAGUAACUGAAGCAGAGAGUAAAAAGCAUGAGAAAAAGGAAGAGUUGCUUGUGUACCCAGCUCUCCCCACAGCUCCUGUGUACCCAGCUCUCCCCACAGCUCCUGUGUACCCAGCUCUCCCCACAGCCCCGCCGGCCCAGCAUGAACAGCAACAGCCUUCGAUGCUCCAGCCCCCGCCCCCUCCCAUCACAGAUCCUCCUGCAUACAAGCCGAGGGAGGAGGAGGGCGCAGGGGGGGGAGAAGCAGGGCCGCGAACAGGAAAGCAGUGGACACAGAUGAGAGAUGGCUCCCCGAAAGAAAGAAAGAAGAAGCGGACAAAGUGGGACUCAAGUGAAGAAUCCAGCGAUCCUGAGGAAGAGGACAGUGAUGACAAAACAGGGCUAAAGAGAAGCCAGAGACUGGCAAGAGAAGACAAAGCGGACAAGAAAGGUCAAUACCCUCUCAUCCAGAUGCCGAAGCCGAGGACUGGAGGGAUGGUGCUAGUCCAACAGAACCGGGACUUAGCUCGUCCAUUACAUCUGCUAAAACACAGACAAAGUAUUAUUUGUGAUGCUAUCAAGGAAGCUCUUGUGGCUUUGGGCACCGAACAUUCCAUUUUGAAGGGACAGGGUUAUACAGCACCUGAUGGAUUGUGGGGGAAAAUUGUGACUGAAUGUGGUGAGGUCAACACCUUCAAAAGACGCAGACAUUAUUAUUGCUGCUGGAGAAGAAGACCCACUGAAACAGGAGAUCCAGAUGAUGAUCUGGAUUUAUCUCCAAGCCGGUCUCCGCUGUCUCCAUCUUCCAAUUCCAAAGAAGCCCAUCCUGCUGAAGCCUGCUGUCUGCCUGACACUAAAUCUGACAGUGAAGAAACAUUAUCAGUAACAUCUAUGCACCACACAGAGGUGCCCCUUCAAGUGUACUGCAUAAAACACAACCCAAUAUCUGUUGACAAAGCAGUAGAACUGCUUCGUCAUGUCAAUAAGCAGAAAGUGAGCACACUCCCACCCACAAAUCCCAAGUCAGGAGAAGUGUAUAUGUACAUGUAUCAAGGUGAGCGUGAGAUGCAAAACUGGAGAGCAGAUCAUAUCAGGUGGAACAUUAGGGGAACAAAGACCCUCUGGCACCCACUUGGCCAAGUGAAAAUUCUCUAUUUCUUGGUAAGGAGUGAAGGGAAACUCUUCAGGAAAAGGUCAUACGAGCUGGUGAACAAGCCAUACUUCUUGAUUCAGUAUACAGGAGAUGAGGAGGCAUACAUACCUAAAACACACGGAAAUUCAGAAGAGUCUCAGCGACCUUUUGUGCAAACUGCCCCUAGUAUCAUGAAAAUGAUCAAAAGUGAGAAGGAUCUGCCUCCAUCGCAGGUAUACCAUGAACUGAUCAAUAGACCAUUACAAAGCAAGCCCCAUCUAGACACUCACUUUCCCAGGGACAUGAGUCAGGUACAAAACACUGUCAAACGUGCUCGACUGGACAGCAUGCUCGACCACCAUGACGUAUGUGCUACAUACAUAUUAUGUGAGUACCUGAAAGAUUUUGUACAGGACAUGUGUGUCUAUCCACAGGUGUCCGUCGUGGCAGUCCUUCCUGAAAUGAUUGCUGAAUUCAGGCACAUGAUGGCCAACACUGAGCACCCACAUGUCCCGCAUGUAAUUCACUAUGACACCACAUUUAACUUGGGCAACUUUUAUGUUUCACCAUUGCUGUACCGCCACGCCAGUUUUACAGGAGUGUCCUGUAAUUCCACUGGCAUUUCUGCUACAUCAAAACAGGACAGAGAAAACACACUCAGCAUUUUUCUCUGAAUUGGCCAACAUUCUGCCAGAACUCAAUUCUCACCAGU